GUUUUUCAAGGGAGAAACCAAAUUUUCUAACAUUUAUACAUGGAAAACAUAGAAAACCGUAAGGUAUAUUUUUACACUUUUACAAACGAGUAAAAACUAUAAUGGGGCGGGUAAAUGGGGGGAGGAAAUCGGUUUGUUUCCACCUUUGAGAAUUUCGGGUAGGGUAUCGUACGGACUACACCGCGGGCGGUGGCCGGUGGUGUAAAUUCACAAAUACAUGGCGGACAGUUCCAUUGUUUUAACUGAACUACAUAGAAAGUCAACCAGCUGGGCUAAAGUAGUCGAUGAAAUAGUAAGAAUAGAGAAGAAGAUUUUCCCCAAACACGAAUCACUCGCUCGAUCGUUCGAUGAUGAACUCAAGAAGAAGAACAGCGGUUUAAUCUACUUGGAAAUUAAUGGCGACCUUGCUGGCUAUGUCAUGUAUUCAUGUCCUUCUUCACUUUGUGCCAUUAUCACUAAACUCGCAGUGAAGGAGAAUUAUAGGAAACAAGGGCAUGGAGAUACACUAUUGAAAGCAGCAAUAGAGAAAUGCAAAAGUAAACGUAUACACCGCAUAUCACUUCAUGUGGAUCCAUUAAGAACUCCCGCAAUGCAUCUUUACAAGAAACUCGGUUUCCAAAUCGAUACUUUGGUGAAGGCUUAUUAUUCUUCUGAUCGAGAUGCAUAUAGGAUGUACUUAGACUUCGAUAAAGAGUAACCAACAUUAUUCAAGAAAUAGCAACCUACUUUCAUUUAUUUUUGUACUUUCAAAAUUUUAUUUUCUUUUUUAUUUUCUUAUUAAAGCAUUGUACUAUCCCAAUUAUAACAUUGUACUUUGAUUUUUUUCUUAUAAAG